AUGUCCCUCCUGGCAAUCCAGAGCCAGUACUGGGCCGUCCGCGACUACCUCUCGCCUGUCCUCCGCGAGAGCAAGUUUAAAGAGCACGGCCGUAUCACUCCUGAGGAGUUUGUGGCAGCUGGCGACUUCCUCACGUUCAAGUUCCCCGUCUGGCAAUGGGAGAAGGGAGACCCGUCGCGCACUCGCGACUUUCUUCCAGCCGACAAGCAGUACCUUAUCACGCGUAACGUGCCAUGCCUCCGCCGCGCGACCGCGAUCAACUACACAGACGACGACGAGGACGCCGAGAAGCUGCUGAGCUUCAUGGACGAAGCCGAGGCCGCGGCUCCUGGCGCCGACGAGGAAUGGGUGGCAACACACCUUGGAAGGCCGACCCAGGCUGAGACCGUUGCCGAGAUUCCCGACUCGCCGUCGCUCGAGGCCCAGGCUUCGAACCUGCACAUUGGCGACGACGACGAGAUCCCCGACAUGGACGACAUCCCAGACAUGGACGAGGCGGCGGGUUUGGAAGACGAAGAGGACGAGGCGGCCGUGCAGCGCGGAGCCAAGUCGUCGUCUGACAACCUCUUGCAAGUGCGCACGUACGACUGCUACAUUUCGUACGACAAGCACUACCAGACACCCCGGUUCUGGCUGUUUGGCUACGACGAGAACAAGCGUCCCCUCACUGCGACCGAAGUGUUCCAGGACGUUCCCGCCGACCACGCGUUCAAGACCAUGACGAUGGAGGCGUUCCCCCACUCGGGCACACAGCUGGCGUCGGUCCACCCGUGCAAGCACGCGAGUGUGAUGAAGAAGUUUAUCGACAGGAUGGAGGCCCAGGCCGAGGACAGCGGCGACGCUGCGGGUUCGUCCACGUCCCCAGCAUCCAAGCGCAAGUGGCUCGGCGGCGUCAUGCGCAAGGUCACGGGCGGGGACAAGGACAAGCCCAAGGCCGCCGACAAGAAGGACGGCAGCAGCCCCGACGACGAGCCGACGGGCAUCCAGGUCGACUUUUACCUCGUCAUCUUCCUCAAGUUUAUCGCCAGUAUCGUGCCGACUAUCGAGGUGGACUCUACCACUCCAAUCUAG